AUGGUGCGGGAAUCUAGAGACACGUUUCUGCUCUGCAUUUUUCUGUGGAUCGGAGUCCUCGUGGGUCUCAGCGACCUGACAUUGUCCGCGGAACUACCGACGGAAAUCAGCGGCAAUGAGCAUGACAGAGCCAACAGGUGUUCGCUUCAGAGCACGACCGAGCGAUUCGACUGCCAUCCCGAGCCAGGAGCGACGCGAGACGCGUGCUUGAGCCGGGGCUGCUGCUGGUCACCGUUAGGAGAUGGCGUGGAACCCAGCCGCGUGCCCGUUUGCUACUUUGCCCGGGACCACGACGGAUACCAGGUGGUCAGUACGACGACGCACAGCGACCGAGUCAGCCUGCGGCUCAAGCGCAGAACACCGUCGGGCGUUGACACUGACGUCCAGAAAGUGGACGUUGAUGUCAUCUUCUAUGACAGGGACACCGUACGAAUAAGGAUAACGGACGCCGGCAAGGAGCGAUUUGUCCCUCCAGUACCACGUAUUCCUUUUAGGACCUUCGCCGGUGUGCGCGACUACUCGGUAAACGUGAGCUCCAGUGGAGCCAUCACGGUGAACCGAACUUCUGCUCAUGGGACGUGGAGGAUUUUCCACUCGGAUCUGUCGCGGCUGGUGUUUACCGACCGUUUCCUGCAGCUGUCGACGCUGCUGCCUUCGGACGUGCUGUACGGUUUGGGGCAGCAUUGGGGUCCCCUCCGCAGGAGCUUCAACUGGACCAGCCAGAUCCUCUUCAAUAAGGACAGGCCGGUCACGGCAAGCAAGAAUUUGUAUGGAUCGCAUCCUUUCUACUUGGUCCUUGAACACGGAGGUCUGAGUCAUGGUGUGUUUCUGCACAACAGCAAUUUCAUGGAGGUCCUGCUGCAGCCGACGCCGGCGAUCACAUUCCGUGCUCUCGGCGGUGUGCUCGACUUGUUCGUGUUCGUGGGCCCCACGCCUUCGAAAGUGGUGCAGCAGUACAAACGCGUGGUGGGCUUUCCCGCCAUGCCCCCUUACUGGAGUCUCGGUUUCCACCUCUGCCGCUACGGUUACGAAAGCCUUAACAACACGCGAACUGUCAUGCAGAACAACGUACUCGACGGCAUACCCUUGGAUGCCCAGUGGAACGACAUCGACUCAAUGGAGAGACAGAACGGCUUCACGUACGACAAGGAAGCAUUCGAGGGGCUGCCAGAGUUUGUGAGAGAAAUUCACGCUGGAGGCAGGCGCUAUGUCCUCAUCUUCGACCCAGCGGUGAGUGGUGCGGAAGCGCCCGGAACGUAUCCGCCGUUCGACGAUGGAGUCCAAAUGGACAUCUUCGUCAAGAACACCACAGGUGACAUAAAAUACGGAAAGGUGUGGAACGAAAACAGCAGCGUGUUUCCGGAUUUCUCGCACCCAAUGGCCGGGAAAUACUGGACAAAACAGUUCCGAAGCUUCCAUGAGGUCAUUCCCUUCGAUGGAGCUUGGAUCGACAUGAACGAGCCGGCGAACUUCGAGAACUUCCACGAGCGCGACACCGGAUGCCCGCCCGAGGAAGCGAUGAACCCUCCACCUUAUGUGCCCGGCGGCGAGCAGCUGUCCACCAAGACGCUUUGCAUGAGCGACCGACAUCAUCUGUCGAGUCACUACGACUUGCAUAACAUCUAUGCUCAUCUCGAGGCGAUCCUUACAUACAGAGCCUUGGUGGACAUCCGUGGAAAACGGCCUUUCAUAAUAUCGCGCUCCACAAGCCCCGGUCAGGGAUCGUGGUCGGGCCAAUGGUCAGGCGACACCACCUCGAGCUGGGACCAUCUGAGGCUCAGCGUGCCGAGCAUGCUCAGUUUCAGCUUGUACGGCAUCCCGAUGACUGGCUCCGACAUCUGCGGUUUCUUCGGAGACACGAACGAGGAGAUGUGCGCGCGUUGGUUCGAGCUGGGCGCCUUCUACCCGUUCUCGCGGAGCCACAACAUGAACGGAAGUAGGGAUCAGGACCCACACAGCAUGGGACCCGUGGUCGUCGAAGCCGCUAAGAACGCACUCGAGUUGCGCUACACUCUUCUGCCGUACCUGUACACGCUGUUCCACAGGAGCCACGUCUACGGGGAGACGGUCGCCAGGCCGUUGUUCUUCGAGUUUCCUGAAGACCCCAACACGCACGACAUUGACGAGCAGUUCUUGUGGGGAUCCAGCCUUCUUUUCAACCCCGUCCUGUACGAGAAUCGGAGCAGUGUGCGGACGUACAUACCCAGAGGGGUGUGGUAUGAUUUGAACGCCAACGGAAGCGCGUACAGUGAAGCGGAAGGCGGUUUCCACCACCUGGAGGCACCCCUGCGGAGCAUCCAAGCUUUGGUUAGAGGUGGAUCCAUAAUCCCCUGUCAACUUCCGGCUGCCACGACGGAAGUCAGCCGAAGGAGCCCGCUGUCACUUGUCGUCGCCCCCGACGAGAGAGGAACGGCUCGAGGCGAACUAUUUUGGGAUGACGGAGACUCCAUAGAUACCGUGCAACGGGAACAGUACAAUACCUACACCUUCAUGCUAAUCGAUAGAAGCCAACUGGUGGUUAGCGCGACCCACCGUGGUUACGCCGAUGGUCUGCAUCUGGGAACCGUGGUCGUGUACGGUGUCCGGGAGAAACCCACGUUUGUCUCACUAAAAGGCCGCAGCCUGGAAUUUCGCUACGACGAGAAGACGAAGGUGCUGACCAUCGUAGACAUCUGGGAGCCCCUCGCCGAAGCAUUCGUCAUUUCUUGGUCAACUUGAGCAACUUUCGCUUCGUGCUAAUAAAAGAGCCGAAUGUCAUUACGGC